AUGGCAGUCGAAGUGUCAAAACCUUUGGAGGGGUAUCCCCAUGGAUUCCUAUCUGACUGUCCAGGUUCAACCAAAGAAGCUAUCCUGACCAAGAAGACCUUACAGAAGCUAUCCUUCAUAGUGUUCAAAUCCAAUGAGACCAUGCACCACGAUCGCUACGAUUACUUCCAAAUGGACCAACUGGCUAAAGACCCAGAGGUGGACUUUAGAAGGAAGACCAUGGUCUUCUGCGGAGGGUACCUGAGCAGCCCCUUUAUGCCUCUGGCUUCCAGCAUGGGCCAGGCUUAUAAGAAGCUGGGGUAUAACGUGUUCAUGCUGGACACUCUCUUCUUCACCCUGGACCAGUACCCUCGAGCAGCACGAGUGAUACGAGCAGUCGGCAAACAUACUGCGGAGAUGCUGAUCCGGCUGUCCAAGAGAGGUUUUAACCCGAAGAACUUGGAGCUGGUGGGCAUGAGCCUGGGCGGACAGACCAUCAGCUAUAUAGCCAAGCACUAUAGAUCUGUCACAGGGGUCAGCGUCGGCAAGAUGGUGGCGUUAGAACCAGCUGGACCCUGCUUCCGGAACCUCGGCCCUGAGCUCCGGCUGGACAAAUCUGACGGGGACUUCGUCAUCCAUAUAGCCACCAACAUUGACGGCUACGGCAUGGCUACCCCGGUCGGCCAUGUCAACUUCUACAUAAACGGCGGUGAAAACCAACCUGGUGACUUCUGGUGGAUCCUCUGCUCGGAGCUCUGUAGCCACACCAGAUCCUUCGACGUCUGGCAGUCGGCUCUGAUGCAUCCUGAUGAUUUCAUCGGGAUACAAUGUGAUAGCGUCCAGCAAGCGAGAAAUAGAGACUGCUUUGAUCGAGUGCCAAGGGUAACGAAUCUCAUGGGCCCCAAAACGGAUAGGAAUAAGGAAGGAGUGUUUUAUGUGUCUACUACUAACAAAGUGCCCUACUGCAUGGGUAAGAAGGGUUUAGAUCGGAAUAAUGAUUUCUUCAUCUCGGUAGCGUCGUCGUAUAAUAAUGUGGAUGAUUUGAAGAUUUAG